AUGACCACGGAAAUAAUUGAAUCCCAGCAGGAUGGAAGUAUAACACAUUCUAUGGCAGAGAGUGAAUCUGCUCAUAUGCAAACUCAGGCUGGUCAAAAUUUAAUCCCUACUUUAGCUCAGUGCAGUGAGCUGGAUCAGGCACCAGAAGAGGCUCCCCAGCUGUAACUCUAGUGCAGUUACCUUCAGGUCAAACUGUACAUGUCUGGGGAGUAAUUCAGACACCACAGCCAUCUGUUAUUCAGUCACCACAAAUACAAACUGUUCAGGUAGCAACAAUUGCAGAGACAGAUGAGUCUGCAGGAUCAGAAGGUGUAAUUGAUUCUCAUAAACGUAGAGAAAUCCUUUCACGAAGACCCUCUUAUAGAAAAAUACUGAAUGAACUUUCCUCUGAUGUGCCUGGUGUUCCCAAGAUUGAAGAAGAAAAAUCAGGGGAAGAAGGAACACUGCCUCACAUCACUACCAUGGCAGUACCGACUAGCAUAUAUCAGACUAGCACGGGGCAAUACAUUGCUAUAGCCCAAGGUGGAGCAAUCCAGAUUUCUAAUCCAGGAUCUGAUGGUGUUCAGGGACUGCAGGCAUUAACAAUGACAAAUUCAGGAGCUCCUCCACCAGGUGCUACAAUUGUACAGUAUGCAGCACAAUCAGCUGAUGGCACACAGCAGUUCUUUGUCCCAGGCAGCCAGGUUGUUGUUCAAGCCACCACUGGUGACAUGCCCACUUACCAGAUCCGAGCUCCCACUACUGCUUUGCCACAGGGAGUGAUGAUGGCGGCCUCACCAGGAAGUUUGCACAGUCCCCAGCAACUAGCAGAAGAAGCAACACGCAAACGAGAACUGAGGCUAAUGAAAAACAGGGAAGCUGCCCGGGAGUGUCGCAGGAAGAAGAAAGAAUAUGUCAAAUGUCUUGAAAAUCGUGUGGCUGUGCUUGAAAACCAAAACAAGACUCUCAUUGAGGAACUCAAGGCCCUCAAAGAUCUUUAUUGCCAUAAAGCAGAGUAACUGUCUUUGACUUGGACCUUGUUUACUAUGAACUCUAAUCACAGCAGGAGAUGCGGCAGUUCUACUAAUUGCCAUGUGGACUUGUGGAAGGGACCCUUGUGACCCUUAAGAAUCCAGUUUGGCUUAGUGUUUGAAGUUGAAUUGGGAAUGUUGUUCCAAGAUUUGGAAUGCAACCAUGAUCACAUUUACUGAGCUUAUUACUUCAGUCUGUUUGUCAAUAGCAUGCAAAAAAUGUUUUGUUUGCCCUUUUGCUUCUACUUUUUUCAGGGAAGCUGCUAAAGAAUGUCGACGGCGAAAGAAAGAAUAUGUAAAAUGUCUGGAGAGUCGAGUUGCAGUGCUGGAAGUUCAGAACAAGAAGCUUAUAGAGGAACUUGAAACCUUGAAAGACAUUUGCUCUCCCAAAACAGAUUAGUAGAAAUAUUUAACUAUGAACUGAUUGCAACAUGCACAGUUGCUUUUGAAGGCAAUACAAUAUAUAGCCAGCAAGAAUUAUGGCUUUUUUCCUUUUUAUCAUUCAUUUUCUUCUCUAAUCUCUAACAUUCCUAAAAUGCUUCACUGUACGUAGUUAACCCUUAGCUAUAACUUCAAUUUUUUAAAAGAGACAAACUGUAAAAAUGUAUGUAACAAAUUCUUAAAAUGAAAUAUUUGUAAGACUUAUUCAGAUACCACAUAUUUGCAGUUCCCAGUCCCUGUGUCAUGAAUAGUGUCCUAUGCAAUAAAAUUUUUUGCAGGUCUUUAGAAAUCAUUUUAGGAAAGGAUGAUCAAAGAUAAUGCAUCCAGCAGUACAGUAAAAAUAAACCACAAAAACAUAACUCAGGAAAGAAUUUUUUUUAAAAGUAUAUCUAAUGACAUGCCUAUAUGAGAAUAAUAGCCUAGAAAUGAAUUUAUGGCCUUUGCAGAUUUUUACGUUGGUUGCUUUGUAAAGAAAAUAUUGUAUUGCUGUCCUUGAAUGCCACAGUUGAAGAAAGUUUUUAAUAGAACCAUGUUGGUUGCACUUUGUAGUGUUUGGUGCUCAUUUAAAUAUCUGAACAUUUACUACAGUUUUUACUCUUAUUGUGUAAUAUAAAUGAUCUUGUAGAAUUUCUUAGUCUUGGUUUAAUAUUAAGGCUUGGAGUGAGUUACAAGCCUAUUAGAACUGUAAUACAUACCUUCAUGGGUACUAGCCAAUUUCUGCAUUGGGUCAUAAUCCUAGCAAAUGUUCUUUCUGCCAUCUCAUCAGAAGGACAGCCCCAGAAUUUGGCACACAGAAGCACAGAGCUGCAAUGAGAGAUUCAGCCUUUGUGAUGGAUGAGACCUUUCUGUAGAUGGUCUGGAGAUCUCCUCCUGAUGACCCUGUAUUUUGAGCGUUAGCCAACAACCACAGGAAGUUCAAAGUAAAAAUGAAAACAACCCAAGAUUUUAUUUUUCAUUUCAAAACAGCUUGUGGUCCAUAUUAGAUCAGAUAUUCUUAUGUCAGCACUUUCAGAUGAAAUUAAUUACAAUCGAGACAGCAAUGUUAUUACUGGUAUCUACAUUUCAUCCUGUUUUUGUAAUAAAAGGCUUCAUUCAAGGUGUAAA